AUGAAUCGAACAUUACUGAGGGGUCCCUGGUAUCUCCAGGAGACCAUUCGGCCAUUGAGAUCCAUCGCCUCCGCCUCCGCACUUCGCCAGCCAUUCCCUGUACCCUCAAUCUUCAAGCACAACCCGCGAGCCUUUGCAUCAGUAUCCCAUCUUGCGUCUGAGCAGCCAUCGCAUACCUUGCCCACUGAAAUUUCCCAAGAAAAUGGAUCACCCGGAACAUCCCGUCAUAUCCCAUGGUAUUUGCAGGAAGACAUGCCAACUUCUGACUCCCAGGUACUGUCCCAAGAUCAAAUUCCAGACCUACCAGAAGAUCCGCCGGCGAUUCUUUCUCCUUUUCUCGAAUAUAUUUUCAAAGACCUUGGCUUAGAUGACCUCAACCUCAUCGACUUGCGAGGCCUGGAGACCCCAGCCGCUCUUGGUGCGAAUGUGAUCAUGAUCAUUGGAACUGCACGGAGCGUGAAGCAUCUGAACGUUUCUGCCGACCGCCUCUGUCGUUGGCUGAGGAGUACUUACAAAUUGUCCCCAUAUGCAGAUGGGCUACUGGGUCGAAAUGAGUUGAAGAUCAAACUCCGACGCAAAGCCCGUCGAGCAAGACUUGCAAGUCGUACCGGUGCCAUGUUUGAUGAUAAAGACGAUGGAAUAACUACCGGCUGGAUAUGCGUAAACGCAGGUGUUGUUGAAGAAGGCCCUGUGCUGGAAGAGGCCGAUGCAGGGUUCGAGGGGUUUGGCAAGGCCAGCAGGGGUACAAGGAUUGUGAUGCAGAUUUUCACAGAGGAGAAGAGGGCCGAUGUCGACCUUGAAGGCCUAUGGCAGGGUAACCUGGACCGCGCCGAACGAAAGAGACAUAAAUAUUCCGAGGUCACUCCCAAUGCACCUCCUGAAGAGGUUCGUGAUACCAACUCGAUAGAUCUAUUACCGUCUGACCGUAAAUCUGGAAAAGUCCCCAGGUCAACAAUGAACCUCCCGUUCGAGCAGAGAAGGCAAUUUCACAACACCCGACCUAUCAGUCGCUUAGACAGUAAAGAACACCUUUACGGCGUGUCGCGGCUUAUGGCAUCGAAGCCAACAAGUGAAGACCUUGCUCAUGGUAAUGCUUUUGGUGCUGGUAUUUCUACAGACUCCUUAUUCCAAUAUCUCGAAAGUUUGCCAAGUGCAACCGUUCGGCAUGAACUGGGGAGCGGUCCAGAAGAUAAAACGUCGACCCUCUUUCUUCAGCUUUUCUAUAAUCUUCUAGUAGCCCUGUCUGCAGAGGAUAUCGCAAUAGCCCAGGUCAAAUUAAUGUGCAUAGCUAUCUCCCGGCAGCACUUGGCUUACAGCAAAGAAGCCCUGUGGAGGGAAUUCAUGAGAUGCACCGCUUCCGGAUAUAACGUUUCUGAUGAUCUUGGUUACCAAAUUGCUUCAACUUUGUUGACCGAGCUCCCAGCAGAUGGCCACAGUAAUGGGCCUUCUUUGCCAGACUCGGACAAAGAGCUUGCUGUUCGUGUUUUGGAGUACCUUUCCAUCCGUGGUACAAAUAUUGUGAAUAUGAAAGUGUUUGACAUGCUGCAUAGAGCGACUCGUAACGCAACCCCUGAGGUGGCGCUCCGGCUCUCACGUAUUACAAAGACCCUUGACUUGCCUUUUGACCCCGAAGACUCUCGCGUUCUCAUGGCUACCCUUUUCCAGAACCGGGAUUAUGAUGGAUUUUGGAAGCUCUGGCGCAAAUUGCCUCUUAAUGGUAGCCCACGUACCACUGCAGACUACGAAAUGCUCUUCCGGCUACAUGCCCAACUAGGUGAUAAGCUCCGUGCUCGAGACUGUCUGUCGAAAUGGGUUCCCAUGCUAAACAGGGAGGACACACCUAUACCCUUGCAAGGCCGGCUCCUGCAACAUGUAAAACAAUGCCUUGUUGUGGCAGAUCCAGGUAUCGAAGAGAGUGUGGCGGGCGGCUCAACGAGCGACUUAGCUCGAAUAUGGAAGAUUCUUCAACAGGAAUUUGACGAGCUCAAGCCGUCAUUAUUCGAACUCCUCGCCGAACAACAGCUAUCAGACCUUCUACCUCCAUCUAUUCGCUACAUCCUUGCUGUCGCAACGCAUCGCCAUCCACGAUAUCUGCUGCGGUUAUUGAACUCAUACGAUGAGAUCUAUGCGCUUCUGUCUCUUGUCGUUGAGCGGUACUAUCUCCGCACGUUCGGCGGCUCCUUCACGGAGAAUUUUUACUCCCUGAAGCGUGAGCGCGUCCUUCUGACCAAGAAUGGUGAAAUUCCACGUGCUCAGCUCGGUGCUCCGGGCCCUGUCCGCGAGACUCUCAAACUGCGCUCCUCCGACGUGUGGAAGAACCUGUUCGUCAUGGUCGGCAUCCCAUACGUCAAGCGCAAGCUAGAUGAAGGCUACGACAUACACGCCGCACCUCAGGCAUCGCUAAUCAUGAGCGGCGGUCCACGAUAUGACCCUAAUGAUGACCUCCCUCCUAACCCGACAAUCCGACAGCGAUUGCUCCACUACUAUAAGUGGUUCCUUCGGAACGUCUAUCCAUCCGUCAACGCCGCCUACUACUUUUCUAUCCUGGCGUUUAACCUAGCAUACCUAUUCGAUAACACGAAAUAUUCCUCUCCAUUCCUCUGGCUCAUCGGCACCCGGAUCCGCCGCCUGGGUAGUGCCGACCACAAGGCCAUCGAAGCCAUCCUGGAAGCCAAGCCAACCGCCGGUCCCGGUGGUCGGGGACGUUCUCGCCCAGGCUCAGGCCUGCUAGGCCUCCUGAGUCCCCAAAAUCUCUACCCCCAACUCCUCACCUCCCUCCGCUACUUCCUCCCUGCAUCUAUCUUCGCCCUCAAAUUCCUCGAAUGGUGGCAUGCGAGCGACUUCUCGCGCCAACUAGCUCGCAAAGCGACCGAAGUCCUGGACCUCCCGGCCCCUGUCACAAAUGGGAUGAUCCCCCCAUCAGAGAGGAAGAAGCUCGCGGAAGAAAAGGAGAAGAAGAAACAGGAGCCUGACUCGCCGACCCGCAAGUCAGCCCUCAAAUCUUCCCGUAAGCGCAUACAACCGCCUAUCUCGGCUACCUCGUAUUUACCUAUCUUUACUGUUCCUCUGCCGCCUGUAGAUUCGGAUGCUGCAUCUACCUGUCCUAUUUGUCUUAAUCAGUUGGCGAAUCCGACGGCGUGUCAGACGGGGUAUGUCUUUUGUUAUGUGUGUGUCUUCCAUUGGUUAAAUGGGGAGCAUCAACGACAGAUUGACUUCAUGAAUGGAGAGGGCGCAGGCGCCGCGUGGGAGGAUGAGUCUGGAAACGAGGAGGAUGCGAAGAAGGGUGAUAAAGAGGAGAAAGCUAGCGGUCAAGGCCAAAGUCGAGAGGAGAAAUGGGAAAAUGGGAAGGGCAGGUGUCCUGUGACAGGGAGGAGAGUGUUGGGUGGGACAGACGGCUUGAGACGAGUGCUGAUUUAA